CCCGGAGCGCAGGAUGCGGUGCCUCGGCGCCCAGAGCCCGGUAUCUGCAGAGAGAACGCCCCGGCACAGAGCGUGGCGGCCUCAGAUUUACAGGAAAUGCACCGACCCGGCCUGGCUGCUCCUGUUCUUCCUCUUCUGGACGGGUUUGAUGUUCAUCGCGGGCUCCUCGGUGGCGGCCGGAGCCACGGGAAGGCUCCUCUUCGGCUACGACAGCUUCGGCAACGUGUGCGGCAGGAAGAACUCCCCGGUGGACGGGGCCCCCCUUUCGGGGCAGGACAUGACCCUAAAAAAACACGUGUUCUUCAUGGACUCCUGCGGCCUGGACGGGAAGGAUGGCCGGCUCGGCCCCACUGCCCUCUGCGUGGCCAGCUGCCCCGCGGAGCAGCUCCACACCCUGGAAGAAGUGCAGCUCUUUGCCAACAACACUGGGUCCUUCCUGUGUGUGUACAGCUUGAGUCCCGCCAACUACACCCAGAAUCCCAAGGCAGCCUCGCUGUGCCCCAGGCUCCCAGUGCCUCCCAGCAAGUCCUUCCCCCUGUUUAACCGCUGCGUCCCCCAGACGCCCGAGUGCUACUCCCAGUUCGCCUCUGUUCGCAUCAACGACGCGGACGCCCUCCAGCGCGCGCUCGGGGGGAUCAUGUCGGGAAGAGACACGGUCCUGGGCCUGUGUGUCCUCGCAGUAGCCUUGUCGUUGGCCGUGAUGCUCACCUUCCGCGUCGUCACCCGCCUGCUGGUUCACACUUUGAUCGCGUUGGUGGUUUUGGGGCUGCUCUUUGUCUGUGGCGUCCUGUGGUGGCUGUAUUACGACUACAGCACUGCCCUCAGCGUGGCGCUGGACACGGAAAGGGACAACGUGACCUGCUUGCUGGGCCUUGCUGUGGUGGCCACGGUUCUCACGGCCGUUCUGCUGGUGCUGGUUUUCAUCCUGAGGAGGAGGGUGACGUUGGCGGUCGAGCUUCUGCGGGUCACCAACGAGGCCAUCGGCCGCUGCCCCUUCCUGCUGCUCCAGCCGCUGGGGACGUGCGCCGUCCUCCUCCUCCUCUGGGCGCUGUGGGUGGCCGUGCUGCUGAGCCUGGGCACCGCAGGAGCGGCCCAGGUCACCGAAGGUGGGCGGGUGGAGUACCAGCCUCUCUGGGGCCUUCGCUACAUGUGGGGGUACCACCUCCUGGGCCUCGUCUGGACCAGCAACUUCAUCCUCGCCUGCCAGCAGAUGGCGGUGGCGGGGGCCGUGGCCACCUGCUACUUCAACAGGAAUGCACAGGACCCUCCCGACCGCCCCCUCCUGUCAUCUCUCUCCAUCCUCCUCUGCUACCACCAGGGGACAGCGGCGAAAGGGUCGCUUUUGAUCCCCGUGGUGAGGGUUCCACGCGCCGCCCUCACGUUCAUCUCCUUCAUCUCCAGCGCCCUGAAGGGCAAGCCGAGCGCCUGGUCCAGGUGCCUGCUCAGGUGCUGCGCCUGCUGCCUCUGCUGCCUGGACGGACACCUGCGCCCCCUCCACCAGAACGCGUACGUGGCCACGGCCAUCAACGGGACCGGGUUCUGCACGUCCGCAAAGGACGCGCUCCGGCUCUUGUCCGAGGACUCGAGUCGUUUCACGUCGGUUAGCCGCUUCGGGGACUUCGUCAUCUUUCUAGGCAAGGUGCUGGUGGCGUGUCUGACCGUGUUCGGAGGGCUGAUGGCCUUUAACUACCACCGCACGCUGCAGGCGUGGGCCGUGCCGCUGCUCCUGGCCGCCGCCCUCGCCUACCUGGUGGCGCACAGCUUCCUGUCCGUGUUCGAGGCCGUGCUGGGCGCCCUGCUCCUGUGUGUGGCUGCUGACCUGCACACGAACGACGGCUCGCCCGCCAAGCCCUACUUCAUGGACCACGAGCUGCUGAGCUUCGUGAAGAGGAUGAACAGGUCACACCGCCAGAGGCCGCAGGCCGCCGGGGGCUCCGCGCAGAACCAAGACGGAACGGAACUCCGGCCCGUGGUCCGCUCGGCCCGUUAGGUACCGGGAGGGGCCGUCACCAGUA